AUGACUUCGGUGCAGUGCGCAGCCCGAGCCGAGGAGCCGGCGGCCCAGGCCCGCAGCAAGGCGGUCCCCGGGGGCGCCAUGCGGGGCGAGGAGGAGGAGGAGGAGGAGGGCGAGAAGCCUCCUCGCGCGGCUCUGCUGCCCUUCAGCGUGGAGGCGCUCAUGGCCCAGCCCCGCAAAACCGGCAGCGGGGCCCGCGACGGGCUGGCGGAGCGCGGAGGGCUCGCGGCUCAGCCGCCGGCAGCCCCCAGUCCCCGACCGGCCGGGGCUUCCGCCUCGCCCCCGCUCCUGCCCAGCCCGUUCGGCGUCGGAGCCUUCGUGAAAGUUCCCGAGGAAGCUCCGGUCAAGGCCGAAAGCCCCGAGAAGGCCGACCGCUCGCCCUGGAGGCCCGCCCGCCGCUUCUCCCCGUCGCCGCCAAGGCGCUCCAGCCCGCCGGCCUGCACGCUCCGCAAGCACAAGACGAACCGUAAGCCCCGGACGCCCUUCACCACUGCGCAGCUCCUGGCGCUGGAGCGCAAGUUCCGGCAGAAGCAGUACCUCUCCAUCGCCGAGCGCGCCGAGUUCUCCAGCUCGCUCAGCCUGACCGAGACGCAGGUGAAGAUCUGGUUCCAGAACCGGCGCGCCAAGGCCAAGCGACUGCAGGAGGCCGAGCUGGAGAAGCUGAAGAUGGCCGCCAAGCCGCUCCUGCCGCCCGCCGCCGCCUUCGGCCUCUCCUUCCCGCUGGGCAGCCCGGCCGUGGCCGGCGCCUCCCUCUACGCCUCCGGGGGCCCCUUCCAGCGCGCCGCCUUGCCCGUCACGCCCGUCGGGCUCUACGCGGCCGCGCACGUCGGCUACAGCAUGUACCACCUGGCCUAG